AUGGGCCCGACCACUGCCGCCAAGUCACAGCCCCACGGGUGGCUUCCCUCAGCCAGCCAUGGGCCGACCACUGCCAAGUCGCAGCCCAACGGGUGGCUUCCCUUAGACAGCCCAUGGACCCAACCACUGCUGCCAAGUCGCAGCCCCACGGAUGGCUUCCCUCAGCCAGCCCGUGGGCCCGACCACGGCCGCCAAGUCACAGCACCACUGGAGGCUUCCUUCAGCCAGCCCGUGGGCCCGACCACUGCUGCCAAGUCACAGGACCACGGGUGGCGUCCUUCAGCCAGCCCGUGGGCCCGACCACUGCCGCCAAGUCACAGGACAACGGGUGGCAUCCUUCAGCCAGCAUGGGGGCCCGACCACUGCCGCCAAGACGCAGCCACCCGGGUGGCGUCCUUCAGCCAGCACGUGGGCCCGACCACUGCCGCCAAGUCGCAGCCCCACUGGUGGCUGUCUUAA